CAGAUACAGCUGGAAACCCAAUUCCAGGCAGCAGCUCCCCCCAGCUACUCCCUGCUCUAGGUAGCAGCUCCCCUCAGCUCUGGAUCACGGCUCCCCGCAGCUCCAGGUAGCGGCUCUGCCCAGCUCCAGGCAGCAGCUCCCCCAAGCUCCAGGUAGCGGCUCCCCCCAGAUCCCUCCAGCUCUAGGUAGCAACUCCCCCAAGAUCCCUCUGGCCCCAGGCAGCAGCUCCCCCCCAGUCUCUGGGUAGCAGCUCCAGGCCUUCCUGUCUGCACGAUGUGCACGGGGUGCUGCUCACGGCUGGUGGGGCUGUCGCUAGUGCCCAUGGCCCUGGCCUGCAUCGUGGCCAAUGUGCUUCUCAUGUUUCCCAAUGGGGAGACCAGAUGGACUGACCACAUCACCCUUCAGGUCUGGCUGAUGGGCGGCCUCUGCGGCGGGGGACUCAUGGUUCUCUGCCCCGGGCUCUCGGCCAUCCGCGCUGGGGGGAAAGGCUGCUGUGGAGUUGGAUGCUGCGGGAACCGGUGCCGGAUGCUGCGCUCUGUGUUCUGCUCGCUUUGGGGUGCCCUAGGGGCAUUUUACUGCCUGGUUGUGUCCGCGACUGGCUUGGCCAAGGGGCCAAGCUGUGAGAACGCUGAGGGUAUAUGGAAGUCACACUUCGAGGACAGCAGCAAGAACUACUUGGCGAACCGAACGCUCUGGGAGCUCUGCGUGAACCCCCCACAGGCGGUCCUGUGGCAUGUGGUGCUCUUCUCCAUCACCCUGGGGCUGGGGGCACUGGAGCUGGUGCUGUGCGCUGUGCAGGUGGUCAAUGGACUGCUGGGAACCCUCUGCGGGGAUUGCCGCAAGCCAGCCGAGCACCAGGGCGAAGGCCUCUGAGUCACUGACACCCCAAUGCAUUGAAGGGGCCCCUUCUCCCUUCCCAGGGAGUUCCUUCUCACCAUGCCAUCACUCUACCCUCCCUGUUU